AUUGACGUAUGAAAACAACUACUUUACGGCAGCCAGCUGAAUCAUCUUACAUUUUAUUUUGUAUCCCAUGGAUACCGAUGUGGUAGGACAAUUAGGUAUCUACACGUGGGGUGCGAACAGCUAUGGGCAGUUAGGACAUGGACAUGUGGAAGACCUGUCCCUGCCCAGGCUCGCGGAUGAUGGAGUCCGACAGACGCGACAGACCAGGGCGGUGCGGUUACUCAGCGGAGGCGGCGGACAUUCGACCGUGGUGUCGGAAAUCGAGACUCAUCAGACCAGGCAACAUUCUUCCAGUCUUCAACUGUCCAAUUUUGAGGAAGGAGAGCUACUUGUAUGUGGGCAGAACCACAAAGGUCAGCUGGGACUGGGUCACAGUUCAGAGGUCAGAACCUUUAAAAUCUGUCCUCUCAUAGGUCACAGGGUUGCCCAAGUGUCCUGCGGUUGGGACUUCACGCUCAUUCUCACUGGUCACGGCCAAAUACUGACGUGUGGAUCAAAUGCAUAUGGGCAGCUGGGCACCUCGGAGCCAGUCAGUCAUUCUGUCCAGCCGCGGCCUGUCCAGGCUCUGGGGGAGCCUGUGGUCGGCGUGGCUGCUGGACUCAGACAUUCACUAGCUGUUACCGGGACCGGCCAGGUGUACCAGUGGGGUUUCGGUCUCUCGGGUCAGGCCAGGAGAGCUCUGAGCCCACAGCCGGUCCCGGAACACUUCACCUCCAAGACCCCCCGUCUGGUCCCAGGUCUGGGUCACGUGAUGUCACACUGGGUAGCAGCAGGCUCCGCCCAUUGUGCAUGUCUCACUGUGACGGGUGACGUCUUCCUCUGGGGCAGUAAUAAGCACGGCCAGCUGACCCGUACUGAGACCUUUCUGCCUGCACCCGUCCGGUUGGACCGAUCAGCACUGGACGGAGAGAGGGUCACGAACAUACACAGUGGAUGGACGCACCUUGUGGCCCAAACAGAGAAGAGGCGGGUCUUCACAUGGGGCAGAGCCAAUUACGGACAGCUGGGCAGGACAGAACCGACCAGUCAGUGUUCCGGAGGUGCCUCACCAGGCGCUACCACUCAAUGGACACGUGUCCCUUCUGAGGUCAAGGUCCUCUGUGGAGCCACACAGAUUGCCUGUGGAUCUGAACAUAACCUUGCCAUCGUUGGGGGCCGUCUGCUGUCCUGGGGCUGGAACGAACACGGCAUGUGUGGGGACGGUUCCGAGAAUGACGUCAGCCAACCACAGCCUGUUGCUGACCUCAGGCCUAUUCUGAUUGGCUGUGGAGCAGGUCACUCUAUGGCACUAUGUGCUGUAAAUGGCUCUGACGGAGAGCAGAGGGCUUCAGUGGAUGUGGAGAUGAGACGAUCUGCACUUACUUGAAAGCCUGUGUUUGUGCUUGUUACCUCUGUUGCCCAGGUAACACUGCGGACAGCUCUGUCAACCUACAUUGAUUAGGCGUGAGUCGUAGUAGGUUCGUCUCCAGGGAGAGUUGAUUAAGAGGGUGUGACUCAGCAAAAUAACCCAAGCCCGUACAAGUGCUUUGUUUUGGGCCAAAGUGUUAUGCCCGUGUUAGUUCAGUGGGACUUGUAAAGAUUUGUUAACCUUUGGAACUUUUUAUUUAUGACAAACUACAUUUGUAAAGUGAUUUUCGUUUAGAAGAAUUACUCCAAAGUUCACAAAAUACGAAUAAAAAACCAAAGAGAAAAAUUUAUGGAUUAAAUAAAAACCGGACCAGACCCAGACAAUAGAUGAAACCUGACGGGAUAACUGACACAAAGAACCCAGCUGUCGUUGCAAAGUAGGGCUGCACAGUGAAUUACUUCACACCAAUAUUCAUCAAGAACAUGCAGGAUCUCAGCCGCAUGUAACGUCCAUUUUAUAGUUUACUGCAUGUCACUUAAUCAGAGCAGUUCCUCUUCUAGGUUAAAUGAUCUGAGUUUGUGUGAUCUUCUGAUUGGCUGGACAUAGUCGGCUGAAUGUUCCAAAGAAGAACAAUGCUGCUUCCCGCUUUUGCUUUUUAAUGACAUGCCUGUGAUUCCAACGGUCCAACCAAGUGCUUUGAUCUGUAUUACAUAAGUAAUCGCAAUAUUUUUAUCUAAAAAUCACAGUUAGGUUUCUGAGCCCCGCUGCAGAGGAAAACACGCCAACAACGCACAGCCGAAAAAGGACCACGGCCGACAAGCAGAAAAUGAAUCAAUGACCGUCUUAAAGGGUCCCAUAAUCCAGCCAUCCAGUCCCAUUAAUUACCAUUUAAACGGCAGGUCCCAGAUUAGCACACGCUCAGUCCACACAGCCCCGCGGUUUACGUUUAGUCAGCAUGAUGUGGUAAUAAAUACUGUUCCAGGGUCAGAGAUUGCCAGGGGAGAGAAGGGCCUCAGCCACACACCUGAUGACACCAGGAUGGCCCGUCUGUCUGAUGGAAGUGACAGAUCAGCGAGACGGAUCGGUCCGUACGGGCACCCUAUGGCCCCUGCCAUGACUUCAGCGGGACGCACGGCCUUUGAGGCUAACGCGUGGUCUGUCGGCCCUGAAUGAUUUGUGGGGUGGCCUAUGGGCAAGCUCCCCUCACCUCUUUCCCUCCCGAGCCAUAAUGUCAUGUUGAAUUACGUGGCUGGAGGCGUCCUGAGGGAUGGGCCGGGUCGGUUGUUUGUUACAGUGAUUUGGACUGUCAGAAGACACUCAAUCUCCUGGAUGACGUUGCUUUAAAAAUGCUGGGGCUCUGUGGUCCAAAGGGCACCCUAUGCCCUUGGUAAGUCACAUAGGGUUCUGGUUGAAAGUAGUGCAAAUGCAUAGAGAAUUGGGGGCUGUUUGGGACAAAGGCUGGGAUUUUCACAGCCAUCAGGAUUUAUGUGGUAUGAAGUGUUUACACUUUUAUCUGUGAGGUUACAUGGUUAAUGUUUGUCAUAUUUACUAACAUGUUUGCUCACAGGCGAUGUCAGGAAAGUAUGAUCUGCAGAUCGCUGCGUUAUGUUUUUGCGGACAUUGUUAUAUUAACUUUGACGCGCCGGAGGUUGUCUUUUCAUUUUGCUCUCUUUCAGUGUUAAUAGUAUUGCAAGCAUUGCUUUGGUUUCUGAUUAAUGCAGGAUGAAAAAAAUUUACAUUUUAUUGUGUAACUGUCCAUCUGAAGAUGUUAUGAUAUUGGAGGGAACCUGAAAACAUUGAUGAAAUGUAAAAUGAUCAUGACUUGAUGUACACAAGGUGACACAUAA